GACUUCCACAGGUAUUUUGCCAUGCAGUGCAUCAGUCGCAGGCUGCACGCAGAUGGGACUUUGAUCAAUUCACAGUAUGCCCAUCACUGCAUCCAUCACUUUAGACCAAGUGGGUCCGAUCCUGCAGGUUGAUGUCCUGCAGAGUUCACAUUCAACACACCUGCCUGGUGUCACGAUUCACUCAGAGGAAGGAAAGAAGAGAAUGAUACAAAACUUGACUUUAAUCCAAAAACCACAGAUACAAAACACCAGAACUUCGGGGUGACAUUUACCAGCAGACAAGAAACACUGGGAAACCCAGAGUUUAAAUGCACAGAAACUAAUGGGACAAACUUGGGAACAAUAGAACGGAAUGGGGAACACCUGGACUUAAAUUAGAAACAAUUAGGACAGGAACAGGAAGGACCAAAUAAGGGCAUGGAAACACAUGGGGAACAAAACAUACACAAAACAAGUCUGACGCCUGGAGGUUUCUAGUCUGAAGGCCUUUACUAGUUGGUUCUGGUGUGCUUGGUUUGAGCUAAAUUUUGCAGGACAGCAGCCCCCCAGGAACAGGGUUUGACACCCCUGAUUUAGCCCUCCUUUUUGGACACUUUUUUAUGUUUCAUGGUUCCACAGAAACAGAAGUCGUCAUAGUAGGGGGUCAUGUAUUCCAUGUGGCUAUAUUCCCUGAUUCAGUGUGUAAUAGCGGUGCUGGUAAUCGGGGUGAGUGUGAGGUUGUGCUUGGCUGCUGGCUGUGCUGCAGCUGGUCCAGGAACUAGAAGCUGGAGCACAUCUGCAUGCCUGAAGCUCUGCCUCUGCUUGGUCGGGUCGGUGGGCAGUAUUGUGGACGCUCCUGUGUCUGUGCUGUUGAACCUGAGGAGCUCCCAGUGCCUUUACACCUGUAUCGCCAUGAUCUCCUGCCCCCUCCUGCUCAGGCAGUUCACCGUGUGCCUUCUGCUUCUACUCACCCUUAACGCACACCUGCAGAGCCGCCUGGGGAACAGAUAUGCAGGAUUAGUCACUCGUAGGCGGGUUUUGUGCUCAGUGCUGCUCUGCUGGGUCAUUUCAGUGAUCAUCGCCUUCGGCCAGUUCUUCGUUUCCUACUCCUUGGAUACCUCGGGAGCAUCUGAGGAUGACGAUACGGCUGGACUGGGGAUGGAUGAAUGGCCGGAAGCCAAUUAUACCACCCCUGCCCUCCCUCCCAAACGCCCCUACCCACAGGAUCGCUCCGUAAUCGGACAGUUCUUGCCUUACGGAGGAUUUCUUUCCAAGUUCCUGGUAGAGGACAAUGAGAACUUCACAUAUGCUGAAAUCCAUGGCAGCCAUUGGGGCAUCUGUGCCCCCGACACCACACUCAGUCCAGUCUUCAUGGUUUAUGUUUAUGCUGUCACCGUGUUUGUUAUCCCUUUGUUGGUUCUGUCGGGUGUGUAUCUGGACUUGAUGUGUUUCAUGCCACAGCAGGUUCCAGCGAGCUCCACACUUCCUCAGAAACGAAGCUCAGCGCGGUCUCGCUCAUUGGCUCUCUCUAUUUCUCUACUAGUAAUGCUUUGCCUGCCCCUGCACAUCACCCACGCUUUGUUACUCUUCGCCCCGAGUGCCGCUAGACCCAGCUGGACCUCUCUGACGGCCUCUGUUCUCUUCCAGAUGUAUAGCCUAGUGCCACCUCUUCUCUUCACCAACACCUCUCAGCAGGUAGGCUUUGAGUGCUCCUUGUUAUCCGCGCCCAACCUGACCUCCAGGGUUAUCUCCUCUCGAGUCAAAUCUGUGGGGAGUGCUUUCCGUUCAGUGGAAGAUUUCAGUCAGCCAGGACCAACACUGAAAGCCAAAGCUUCUCCAGAUAUGUGAUGGGAUGUCAUGUGAAGAGGGCACUGGCACCAAAAGUUAUCUGUAGAGUCCUUGCAUGGGUUACGUGAAACUAUUGAGUAAAACUAAUCCAAUAGCUCAUGGCAGAUGCUAGGCUUUCUGCAAUGUGUUUGCUUUAGAGUCGAUCCAUAUCAUUCCAGAAUGAAAUUAAAGAAUCGUGUUGCUGCACAAUGAUUUUCUUCAUACUUUUUUAUGUUGUAUAAAACUUAAAACUGAAGUAAGAAUAAGAGUAAUUUUUUGAGCUCCCUGUAAUUAUUAUACACCUACAUAUCACAUUUCUCUAUGAUGUGGCCAUUUAAAUAUACUGUUAGCUAAUGACUGCAGUCAUUAGUUCUAUUCAUAUGGGUACAUUUUUAUAUUCACAAUGAAGUCUUUCCAUUUGAUGAUUUAAAACUCUGUUGUUAUUCAUAUCUGCUAUUUGGCAGCUUUGUAUAUGCUAUUUGAUUCUGUGAUUCACACAUUCUGUCUUAUAUACUAUGACGAAUGGAUUUAAAGCAAUGUAAACUGCACUUUGCUGCUUGGUUUUCUUCAGAAAAAUGUCUCUCCUGUGAUUUUCUGCACGUGUGUUGAGAUCUUGUGCUGCUGCAUUUAAGUAUGCGAUAGGUUGAGCACAUUUUCAUAUUUUCAAGGCUGACAUUUAAUUGCGAAUCACAUAAAUGACAUUUUAAAGUAAAUACUUCGCUUAUAAAAUAAUGGAGUGUGAUAAUCAAAGGUAAAAAUAGGUUGGUGCAUCUUUUAGAAGUUGCAUUCGAAAUCCACUUGCCUUAAAGUCUGAACAUGCGCAGAAAGUCCAACCUGCAGAAAACAAUCGGAUGGAAUGUUUACAUGUCUGGGCUGAUAUUAUCAAAGGUUUUACACCACCCAUUUCAAUGUGAAUGACAUUUCUGUCAUAUUUGGUUAGUUUAUUCUAAUUAACAUAAAGUUACAUGAAACAUUUUCAUUCGCUUAACGAGUGCCUAAAAAUGAGCUAAAUAUUGUACUAAACCAAAAUUUUAACAUCUCACAUUCAGUUAAUGGACUUGCAGAUUUGAUGAAAUGAAUCAAGAUUUUGGCUUUAAGAUCAAAACAAAUUUAUUUGUAUCCUUGGUGUUUUUGACUAAGGCAACAAUACCACCCACGUCUAAAAAGUUGUAACUUUUUUCCAACUUUAGGGGCCAAUUAUGAAAACACUUGAACUCAGCAGGGACACCGAGCCAUUUGGAUAUGAAGGAAACAAGUUUGUGUAUGAAUCUUCCAAUUCCUGUGAGGCUAGCAAUCGUAAUUCUUGAGUUAUCAUACCCUGAACAUGGCUUACCAGAUAAGACCUUUUUGGCUUGGGUAUAAUGAAUACUUCAGGGGGCUGAAAAAUGAUCCAAUUGUUACAAUAUGCAAGAAAUAUUCUUCAGACCUUAGUUUUGUCACCAGCAACAAAUAAGCAAUCUAUGGUGCAGAAAUAAACCCUUCCGAUUGAACAUGUAAUGAAUCAUUAGAAAGCACUUUGCACACAUGGUCCAAUAAAUAUUCCAUCGCUGUUUAAUCCCAGUGAUGCUCUAGGAUUAAAUGUUUUACCAACCAUCUCAGAAGACUGUUAUAUGACUACAUCAAUAUAUUUGCAUAAUUGUACAUACUUAAAUAUAGUACAUUAAAAUGUGUUCCAUCAAUGUUGAAACCCGGCGCAAGCUUUUGGUUUGAUCUGAAUGUUUAAUUAUAACAACUAUAAUAGCAUAUCAAGUGGGAGAGACUGUCUGAAUGCAUCGAGAUAAUUAACCACUCAAUAACUCCCAGGGAAAACAGGGUUCCAUAGCUGUUUUGAUUAAAUGCAUACUUCUUAUGUGCAGCUCGAAUAAAAGCCCUGUUUCACACUAAUUGGAUUAUUCUUUUUGCUCACUUGUGUCAGCGCUGGUGUAAGAAAUGACUCCUUUUGUAUCUGAAUAUUUGUGUUGUGAUCAGUGUGUCUCCCUCUCCCUCCUCGGCGUCUCACUCCCCCAAUCCGCCCAUUAUCCAUCCAAGUUUCAAGCAUGAAAUCCUUCAUCUAAUGUUACUUUUCACUCGCUUUGUCUUUGCAAAGCCCCGACUUUGAUUUGCCUGACGCUUUUUCCUUUCUUGAUCAUUGUCUUCCACUCAUUUUUCUUGCAAAUGCCUUUCUCUCUCAUUGAGGUCCGCAUUAACCUCCAAAGCCGAGGUGAAUUAUUGAGCGAAGCUGGACUUGUCAAAAAGGAAAAACAAGUAAAAGCUCUUUCGAAACCGAGAGCCCAUUCGAUUGUUUUCUCCGCUUGAAAGCCUUUAGCUUCCUGCCGAUAUGACAAUCUUUCAUCACUAAAGCGGCUUCAGUCAAUUCAUCGCACCUGCUCUAGUCCACAUCCUCUUGAAUGGGGUCAUUACAAGGAGCUGGGAAGCUUCAAAUCUAUCACGCACAGAAUGUAGCCGUUUAUCGUCCCUGGAUAAACCUGUUUGACCAGCAUAUGCUUUAUGACCCACAGAUCUGCCUUUGAGACGCCAGCCGGGGUCCUGUAAACAAAAUUACAAGAGAUUGAUGAAGUUCUGAUGAAGUCUACGGCUGUCAUUUGUCAUUUUAACUCGCCGUUUGGAGUUGGCCGGCUUGCUGAAGCGUCAACUCGCUUCACAGAAACCCCAAAAUUAGCAACCGAUCAUGCUUUGUCAAGUAUUUCUACUCGUACUUAAAAGGAAAUUGCUAGCAUGUGUCCUUUAUCUAGGGAGCUGCUCAAAGCGAGCAAAACAGCAGAUAACGCAGUGUGCGCUUUGAUUGCCAUGUGACAGUUACUGUUUAUGACAGGCUUCUGCAGAGCCUCUCCAUCAAUAGAGGACAAACACAUCGAUCAGUCAUCCUCCCCUCGGCUUUUAAACGUAGAGCCACCCUUCCCCGGAGCGCUCGGCAAGUGACUUCUGACACAAUCGUAUAUUGAUUACAGUGGAAUAAUGGAGGAGUCCUGUUUUAAUGCACCUGCUUUCUCUCUCUGGUGUCUCUGCUCUUUUGUCAUAGGAGUCUUAUGAUUCAUCAUC